AAACAAUUAAAAUUGUGGGAAAAUGGACAAUAAUUUGCGCAUUAGUCAAGAAAGCAUUGAAAUGGACGAUAUAAUCGCCCAGAUUAAUCCUCAAAGAAGCCAACCUACUCAUGAGAGGUAUCAGGGUAAUACUCCAGAGAUUGCCUCUCCAAAAGAAAGGAAUAGAGAUGAUACUUUUGAUCAUUAUGAUGAUGAGAAUGCUUACUCCCAAAGAGCCAGCGCUGAGACUUUCACUAGAGAGUUUCCUGAGAACGAGGUUGGGGAGUCUAAUUUAGACACUUCGAAGCAUGUUGCAGCUUCUGAGAUUAGUAAAAACCUUUACGUACAGAAAUCUGAAGGCUAUCAUCAUCCUCAACUUAUCGAUGAAGAUAUAGAAACCUUUAAGACCAAGUUAGAAGCAUCUAUUCUCAAUUUUAAGAAUGAUGCCUUGAAAGAUUUCAUGAACAUUAAGAGAAAUGUUCUACAAGAACAAAUGAACACCAUUGAUAACGAGAGAAACAAGUACAAUGCUCUUCUGAGUUCCAAGCAAAACGAGAUCGAAAUGCUUAAGGAGAAUCUGGCAUCUAGCAACAAACUUAAUGAUGAUUUGAGAGUCAGAUGUGAAAUCUUAGCUCUAAUGGCUGGUAAAUAAUAGGCAGAUGAUGAGACUCAGGGUGUCUCAGUACAAAGCAUUCAAGGCCUUGAAGAAUUACGUGGGCUUUAAAAAGCAUUCAAAGAAUGUAUUAGAAGCUAAAGAUAGAGAAAAUAACAUUAAAAAUAAAAGAAGGAUCUUCCAAGCCUGGCAAAAGAGAUGGAAAUUAUGGAAAACUCAGAAGAGUAAAGAAGAUUUUGAACUAAGGUUAAAACAAGAUAUGAGCUCUAUUAGUGCUCAGUACAGCAAGGAAAUCGAUACUUUGAGAAAGCAAUUGUCAGAAGCUACCCAUACAAUUAAUACUUAUGAAAAGACUAAAAUUAUGCAACAAGAGAAUUUGAAGAAGGCCUUUAUGAAAGGAGUGUGCUCGAUGAAUAUGGAGGCAAUGUCAAUUCUAAAUCCUUCUGAACAGCCAGGGAUGGAACAUAAGUUUGAAUCUUUAGUUGAUAGUGUAUUCUCAGAUUCAACCCCAGCAAGACAACUGGCUUUUAAUAACUCCACUUCUUCAGAUUAUAAAGUGUAUGACAGUAAUCUAAAGCAAGAGGAUGUUUUUAAUAAACUUGGUAUUCAGAUGUCUGAAGGUAAUGGAUCAGAGUCCUCAGUGCAUAAUUCUUCAAUUCAUCAGACUCCAACUCAAAGGGCUCAAACACAUAAUGAUUUUGAACACCCAGAGAAAGAGAUCAAGCCUGAGAGAAAUGUUUAUACUGAAGUAGAAACUGCUUCUGAGACGAAACCAUACCCAGCUUCUUCUGCUGUGAAGAUCAACAAAGCAGAGAAUGAAAUUAUUAUCAAUAAUACAAAGAUCGAGAGCAAGGAUAACAUGUGGAAACCAGCCCCAGUGAUGAGGCAAGAUCCGGUGAUUGUUAAUAACGUCAAUACAUCAGCAAAUUAUAAGAGCAUGAAUCUAUCCUUUAAUGAGAAUUCAACAGUCCCAAGGCCUACGCUGGGACUUCCAUCUGGUAUUCAAAAUACUGCAAAUAAUACAUUUGUGAGUAAUCUCCAGGGAAUUCAUAGAACUCAGAACAACAAUGCUGACUUGAUUGAGACUCUGACUCCACAGCCGAUGAGUCACCCUGGGAGUUAUCAGCCUCAUUACCAAUCAAUUAGCCAAGUUAACCAGAAGAUGCAAUCUGUGCCUGAAUUUAAAGCAGUGAAGGAGAAUAUGAGCUCGAAUAUAAUGGACUCUCUUCCUCAGACAAUGGUAGCACAGAAGAAGACUACCUCUACAGGAGGGAAGACCAUCAGAGUUAACAGCAGACAAGCAAGUGCUGUAAAAGAAACCCCAGCGAAAGAAACGACUAAAGCAUCAGCAAGGAAAUCAUCCGUCUCUAACCAGAAGAAAAUGGCAACUAGAUGGAGAUAA